AAUUAACGGUAAUACUCCACCCGCCAAAAAUGGAGAAAUCACCACCCAUGGAUUUGCAGGUUUUGCAUUCCAACGGCUACUUCUCCAGUGCCUGAAUAUUUCGAACUCCAAACCAGCUGAAGAUGGCUUCAACCUUCCCUCACACCUACUUCUACAAUUCCAAACGACCCAGAAACGCUUCGAGGGAAAAACGAGCCCGAACCCCACAAACAAACCCGGACACUGACCUAAUACUGAAGCCACGGAUCUUCAAAACAGCCCGAAGUAAGAGAAAUCAAUCGUUUUUGGUUGAACGAAACAGUGUCUCGCUCACUAGAGCUCUUUCCUCGUAUGUGGAACGUGGGUACAUGAAGAAGGCACUCGACCUGUUUGAGAAUAUGCGUCAGUGUGAUACUUUCAUUUGGAAUGUGAUGAUUAGAGGGUUUGUUGAUAAUGGAUUGUUUUGGGAUGCGGUUGAUUUUUACCAUAGAAUGGAAUUCGGAGGGGUUAGAGGUGAUAAUUUCACUUACCCGUUUGUGAUAAAGGCGUGUGGUGGGUUGUAUGAUUUGGCAGAAGGAGAGAGGGUUCAUGGGAAAGUGAUUAAGAGUGGGUUGGAUUUGGAUGUUUAUAUUGGGAAUUCACUUAUUAUUAUGUAUGCGAAGAUUGGGUGUAUUGUGUCUGCGGAGAUGGUGUUCCGGGAAAUGCCUGUUAGGGACUUGGUUUCUUGGAAUUCUAUGAUUAGUGGGUACGUUUCAGUUGGGGAUGGUUGGAGAUCACUGUCGUGUUUUCGUGAAAUGCAAGCAUCUGGUAUUAAACUGGAUAGGUUCAGUGUGAUUGGCAUACUUGGUGCUUGUUCUCUUGAGGGUUUUCUGCGAAAUGGGAAGGAAAUUCACUGCCAAAUGAUGCGAAGUAGGCUUGAAUUGGAUGUUAUGGUUCAGACAUCACUGGUAGACAUGUAUGCAAAAUGUGGUAGGAUGGAUUAUGCAGAGAGGUUGUUUGAUCAAAUUACUGAUAAAAGCAUUGUGGCAUGGAAUGCUAUGAUAGGGGGAUAUUCUCUAAAUGCACAAUCCUUUGAGUCAUUUGCUUAUGUGAGAAAGAUGCAGGAGGCUGGAAAAUUGCAUCCUGAUUGGAUUACAAUGAUAAACUUGCUCCCUUCUUGUGCACAGUUAGAAGCAAUCUUGCUGGGUAAAUCUGUUCAUGGCUUUGCAAUUAGAAAUGGGUUUCUCCCUCAUCUGGUCUUGGAGACUGCUCUGGUAGAUAUGUAUGGAGAGUGCGGAAAGCUGAAACCAGCAGAAUGUUUGUUUGGUCAAAUGAAUGAAAGGAAUUUGAUAUCUUGGAAUGCCAUGAUCGCUUCUUAUAUGAAAAAUGGGGAGAACAGGAAGGCCAUGACACUGUUCCAAGAUCUUUGCAACAAGACUCUUAAACCAGAUGCAACUACAAUUGCUAGCAUCCUGCCCGCCUAUGCCGAGUUAGCCUCAUUGAGAGAGGCAGAACAAAUUCAUGGUUAUGUCACGAAAGUAAAGCUUGAUUCAAAUACCUUUGUCUCUAAUUCUAUUGUUUUUAUGUAUGGAAAAUGUGGGAAUCUCCUGAGAGCAAGGGAAAUUUUUGAUAGGAUGACUUUUAAGGAUGUCAUUUCAUGGAACACGGUCAUUAUGGCUUAUGCCAUUCAUGGGUUCGGGAGAAUUUCCAUUGAAUUGUUCUCUGAGAUGAGGGAGAAGGGCUUUGAACCUAAUGGCAGUACUUUUGUUUCCUUGUUAUUAUCUUGUAGUGUUGCUGGCUUGGUCAAUGAAGGGUGGGAAUACUUCAAUUCAAUGAAAAGAGACUACAAUAUCAAUCCGGGAAUAGAGCAUUAUGGUUGUAUACUUGAUCUUAUUGGUCGCACCGGGAAUCUUGACCAUGCCAAGAAUUUCAUUGAAGAAAUGCCACUGGCUCCCACAGCCAGAAUAUGGGGAUCUUUGUUGACUGCAAGUAGAAACAAAGGAGAUGUAGAGUUAGCUGAAAUUGCAGCUGAGCACAUUUUAUCCCUGGAACACGACAAUACUGGUUGUUAUGUCUUGCUUUCUAAUAUGUAUGCUGAAGCGGGGAGGUGGGAAGAUGCGGAGCGGAUUAAAUUUCAUAUGAAGAAAGAGGGAUUAGAAAAAUCAGUUGGAUGUAGUGUGGUUGACCUCAGUAGUAAGACUUUCAGGUUCGUGAAUCAAGAUCGGUCCGACAAUGAAAUCAACAUGGUCUAUGAUGUGUUAGAUAUCAUCUCAAAGAAGAUAGGAGAAGAUGUUUAUGUUCAUAGUCUCACCAAGUUCAGACCAUCUGAUUUAGAGAAAAAAAGAGCAAACUCGCCAAAAAGUCACAGUUUGAGGUUAGCAAUUUGCUUUGGCUUGAUCUCAACAACUAUUGGAAACCCUGUUCUUGUAAGAAAAAACAUUAGAAUAUGUGAAGCUUGCCAUAGAUUUGCAAAGAGGAUUUCAGAGACAACUAAAAGAGAGAUAAUAGUCAGGGAUUCAAAGAUCUUUCACCACUUCAACGGUGGGCAUUGUUCAUGUGGAGAUUAUUGGUGACCAGAGUUGUUUCAAAAACAUUUUCUUUGGUAAUUAACACGAUGUAAACAUCUCUUCAUCCAUGUAUUUAUUGUAUCACAGGAGUAAUGAAAUUAAUCUGUUUCAUCU